GGCUUGGUUUACAUUUUGUCGCCCACGCCAGCGGCUGCGCCGUAUAAAGUCCAAUUUCGAAGAUCAGGUCGGAGCAGUUAGUUACGGUUCAUACAGGUCACCGCCAGCCAUGGUGGAUACCGACGCCAUGGCCGCCGCGCUCGGCGUCACCUCUGCCGUCUUCCGCUUCCUCGCGUGCUUCCUGGCCACCGUUCCCGUUGCCUUCCUCCGCCGCCUCGUCCCUGGCGUACUCCCCCGCCACAUCUUCUCCGCCGCCUCCGGCGCUCUCCUUUCCUACCUUUCCUUCGGGGCCUCUUCCAAUCUCCAUUUCCUGGUCCCCAUGCUGCUCGGCUACGCUUCUAUGGUCCUCUACCGACGUCGAUGCGGCAUCAUUACGUUCCUCAUCGGAUUUGGGUACCUCAUUGGCUGCCAUGUAUACUAUAUGAGUGGGGAUGCAUGGAAGGAAGGAGGUAUUGAUGCUACUGGUGCCUUAAUGGUGUUGACUCUCAAAGUCAUUUCAUGUGCAAUAAAUUACAAUGAUGGAUUAUUGAAGGAGGAAGGCUUGCGUGAGGCGCAAAAGAAAAAUCGAUUGCUCAAGUUGCCGUCUUUAAUUGAGUACUUUGGUUACUGCCUCUGCUGCGGAAGUCACUUUGCUGGGCCUGUUUAUGAAAUGAAGGACUAUCUUGAGUGGACAGAGGGGAAAUGGAUUUCGACCCCUUCAGACAAGGAGCCAUCACCAUCACCAUCACCUUAUGGAGCAACCUUUCGAGCUCUUAUCCAAGCUGGUUUUUGCAUGGCCUUGUAUUUGUAUCUGGUGCCGUAUUUCCCAUUGUCCCGGUUUACUGAUCCAGUAUACCAAGAAUGGGGUUUCUGGAAAUGUUGGGGUUACCAGUACAUGGUUGGCUUCACAGCACGGUGGAAAUACUAUUUUAUUUGGUCAAUCUCAGAAGCUUCCAUUAUAAUUUCUGGGUUGGGUUUCAGUGGUUGGACAGAUUCAUCUCCGCCAAAACCACGAUGGGACCGUGCUAAAAAUGUUGACAUUUUGGGUGUUGAGUUGGCAACGAGUGCGGUUAAGCUGCCACUUGUGUGGAACAUACAAGUCAGCACCUGGCUGCGUUAUUAUGUUUAUGAACAGCUCAUUCAGAAGGGAAAGAGACCGGGUUUCUUUCAGUUGUUGGCAACACAAACUGUCAGUGCUGUUUGGCAUGGAUUAUAUCCUGGGUACAUCAUAUUCUUUGUUCAGUCAGCAUUGAUGAUUGCAGGUUCAAGAGUCCUUUACAGAUGGCAGCUAGCUAUUCCUCCAAAUUUGGCUCUUAUUAAGAAGAUACUGGUGUUUGCGAACUUCACUUACACCAUUUUUGUUCUGAACAGCUCAGCUGUUGGUUUCAUGGUUCUAAGCAUGCAUGAAACGUUAGCUGCAUACAGGAGUAUUUAUUAUGCUGCAACCAUUCUUCCCAUAGUAUUGAUUCUCCUUGGGAACAUAAUCAAACCAGCAAAGCCUGUUAGAUCUAAAGCUCGGAAAGAACAUUGAGGAAAGUAGGACCCGCAGCUUCGAAUGAAGAUAAAGGUUUUCGGCUCGACAUUUGAACAAAAAGAAAGUCUAAUUUUAUAAUAUGAUACCUGGUCAAGGAUUGAUAGUAUUACUGCAACUCAAGCAUCCAUCAAACACCACCAGCCAGCGAAGAUAAAUGCUGACAGGAUUGAAAUUUUCCCAGGAAAUCAAAUUGAAUAGCAUUGUAAUAUCUAGGAUAGUCUGGGUAUUUUCCUUAUUUAAAUUAAUGGCAUUUUGAGAUUUCAACUGAGGAAUAUUGUUUCUAUUUUUCUGCAUCGACAGAUAGGUUUUCCUGCAUUGCUGUGAAACUCAUUGGUUAUAUUUUAAUGAGAAACACACGAGGAAAGACA